UGUAAGAAAUUGCAAAUACAACCUGGCGUUUCAAAAACUCGCUUUUUCCAAAGUUGAAAAGAGAUGUAAACAAAGAAAAGCUCCUCUAUUCGAAUUUAUAGGAGAGCUUUUAAAACACUUUUUUUCCCCAAUAAUUUUUGUUUGUAGUAAAGUGAAAAAUGUCAGCUUUGCCCGGCCUAUCAGUCAGACUCGGCAAUUUACGUCUGAGCUGUCUGUACGCCUCAAGGCGCAUAAUUUCAUCGUCAUGCGUCCCAAAUAUGGCGAAGGUGACCCUAGAAGAGAAGCUGGGCAUCGUGCCGAAGCCGAAAAAACCUCUGUCGCCCUUUUUCCAAUAUGCCAUCUCAACCAGGCCAGAAAUCGCCAAAGAGAACCCAAACAUGCAUCUCAUAGAAAUGACAAAAUUAAUCUCUGAAAAAUGGAAGUUGAUCGACGAGGCGACAAAAAGCAAGCUGAUGGAUAAGUACAAAUUAGAGUUGGAAAAAUACCAAAGCUUGUGUAAAGAGUAUGAUGAGAAAUUGAGCACAAGUGAUAAAGAAAAAUUACUACAGGCCAAACUAGAUAUUAAAAUUGCAAAACAUAAAAAGCUUCUCAGAAAGAAAAGGAAUGAUUUGGGUUGUCCAAAGAAGCCAGUUCCACCCUAUUUCAUAUUCUCAUUAGAGAAAGCAUCAGAAAGAGGAUCUUUACCAUCUGCGGAAUGGCAAAAACGACUAGGAAAAAUGUGGGAAGAACUUCCAGAUUCUGCGAAAAAGAAAUACACCGAUAAGUACAAAUCUGAUUGGGAGAUGUACAAGAAAAAACUUAAUCAGUGGGAGCAACAGAUGAUAAAAGAAGGAAACACGGAUGUGGUGCGGAUUACACCUUAAU